AUGGAGGCUGAAUACAGAGCUUUCACUGCUGCAGCUCAGGAAAUAACUUGGUUGUCCUUCCUACUUUGUGAUCUUGGCAUUGAACAGAGACAAACAACGAGAACAAGUGGCACUGGGUUGAUUGAAACACAGCAUGUUCCGGCUGCACAACAACUUGCAGACGUCUUUACAAAAUCACUGCCGAAGAAGUCUUUCAUUGACUUGAGACGCAAACUUGGUGUAGCUGAACCACCUACACUAAGUUUGAGGGGGGAUGUAAGUGAGAGCUCAAAUUCAACUCAUCUUGUAGAAGCCCAAAGUCUCAAGAGCCCAACACCAAAGCCCAAUCACGUUCAGCGAAAGAAGACAAAACCUGUAAAAUAUGUUGCGCCAGAGGAGGAGGAGAUGCUCUGCUUUAACAGAUUUGAAUUCUUGUCUUCUAUGGCUAACGGUUAG